AUGUCAUACUAUUUCACGAUCCUCUCUCCAACAGACACGCCAAUCUUCAAUAUCGCGUUUGGUACAUCAAAAGGUGGCGGCGAUGGCAUUGCGCGGUUUCGCUUUCCGGACACAGCUCAAUACAUGAACCAGUUCAUCAUCCACUCUAGUCUGGACAUUGUGGAGGAAGCUCAAUGGACUAAUGGUGGAAUGUACCUCAAGCACAUCGACACCUAUCCCCCCGCCGCAGCCUACAUCUCCGCCUUCCUCACACCAAGCGGCGCCCGUUUCCUUCUUCUCCACCAACCUCCCCAACUCCCCAACUCCGGAAGCGGCAGCGGCCUCGGAUCCUCGUCCUUGCUGGGCUCAUCAGGCAAUCUAGCGCGCGGCUCGACAAGCUCCAUCGCGGCGAACCCGACCUCCCCACAGACCGAGGAGGCCGUGCGCCAGUUCAUGACGGAGGUUUACGAAAACUAUGUCAAGACUGCGAUGAGUCCGUUCUAUAAGCAGGGGAUGGAGAUCCGGAGCCCCGUUUUCAGGACGAGAGUUAAUGCUGCGGGGAAGAAGUGGCUUUGA